AUGGCCUUCCAGACAAACGUUUUCAGGGAUGGGGCUUGGGUAACCGAGACCGUCGACCUCAAGACAGUUCUUUCCAAAGGUUCGGCCGCCGCCGCAUCGCCCGCUGCCCCUCCACCUCCUACUCCGCCAGACUGCGGUAUUCUUACCAGGACUGUUAUCGAAAGUCCCAUUGCUCGCUGGGUGCUACCUGCCCUCUUGCGAUCGGCUCAUCACAAUGAUGUUGCCUUUGUCGGCGAUCGCUAUGUGAGCAUAAGCGAGUUGCGUAAAGAUGGCCAGCUACAAGAAGUCCUUCGAAAGAAAGAUUUCGGUUGUCGUAUCCGCAAUGCUUGUGUCAUUGGGAACAAGUAUGAACGUUUCCGGACCACUGCCGACGAUGCUGGUGUCGACCACAUCAAGAGCGAAGAUGAAGACGACGACACUCACAUGGUGAAUUCCACCUCCGCCUCUGGUCCCAUCAGCGCUCACGGUCUACUGCCACCGCACCUGCUGCUCCUCGUCCUCGAGACCGGCACCUUCGUCUUCCUCUUCAUCAAAAGAGACAUGCAUAACAAACUCGAGUUUGUCGCCUCGCCCUUUCAUAACCCUGCAAGGCGAAUGGGCCAUCACCUAGGCUUCCAUGUGGCUGUGGAUCCAAGAUCCCGCUAUAUCGCUGUAGCUGACGUGCAGAACAAGUUCGUCGUUUACGAGCUUGAGUCGAUGGAAGCCAUGAGCGAUCAGUACAUGCGCAAAAACGCGAUUGCCCCUGUUAGCGCCCAUCACUCCCGGGCGGUUCAGGGCACGAUCCUCAAGAUGGAAUUUCUUUAUCCUCGACCAGAAGACCAAGGCCAUGUCAUUCUCCUUAUCAUUUUUGUCAAGGGCGACAAGUCAAAAAUGGUUAUAUAUGAGUGGGAACGCGGCAAUGAUUUGGCUCGUGUCUUUGCCGAAGAAAAACGUGGUUAUCGCAUACGGCCGGAACAUCGCUUGCCUUUGUUAGUCAUUCCGUUGACAGUAAGAAGUUCUUUCCUGGUCAUCUCUGAGAAUGCCUUUGGCAUCUGCAAAGAUCCUCUACAAGGCCCUCCCGAUAUUGAGAAUCACUACCCGUUCGAUCCAAAGGACCACCCCACGACACGUUUUCAUCAUGGACUUGGCGUGCCGCUCUGGACGGCCUGGGACCGGCCUGUUCGAAGACGAGGCUACUAUGACACAAACGAUCAUAUCUAUCUGGCCCGGGAAGACGGCGUCAUUGUAUUUUUUGAGUUCAACUCGGCAGACGUCCUUGGUGUUUCCAUGAAUGUGGGCGAGUGUGACUGCAACAUCUCCAGCGCCUUCACCACCAUGUACGACGCUUACUCUGACUUCGCCAUAGUUGCAGGAGAUUCUGGUCCUGGGAUGAUCUUUCAGAGCAUAGUCCAGCUUGGUCCUAUUCCGAACUGGGCUUGUGCUGCCGACUUCACAACUUCAGAUCCUCUCGUAUCCUGGAAUCCAGCAGCCGCCCACCGGGGAAAGCCAGUAAUUCCCUGGCAAAAACGCACAGCGGGUCAUGUAACAGCUCCUGACAAAAUCCUCUGCGUAUCCGGUAAUGAUCCUCAAGGCAGCAUCACUGAAUUACGCUACGGACUGCCUGCAAACAUAAUCUCCUACUUUGAUACACUCCCGAUGAAAAGAGCUUGGGUUUUCUGGACUUCCGAUGUAACUUGGCCACUUCAGAUGCUCAUUACUAGCCCAGGAACAUCCGAUGUCUUGGUGUUAUCGGCCGACCUUUCACAAGUGGAGAUGGCAGACCCGGCUAUGACGCGGCUAGAUACAAUGUCCCGCACGUUGGCGGCAGCCCAGGACUCUGACGGGAAUAUUGUUCAAGUUACUGAACAGUGUAUUGCUAUCAAGGGCCCUGAUCAAGGCGACGAAAGUGCAAGUUACUCCUUUGGCGAUUUCCCGAAUAUCGAUGGCGUGGUUGAGCAUGCAGUCGUUAGGGGUAAUUGUGUCUGUAUAUCAGUUUUCGAACAGUCGCGCUUUCAGGUCCAUGUCUUGCGUAUCAAGGAGACAACGGUAUCUCUGGCUCAUACCUACUCUGUUGACGGAGAAGUUACAUGCCUCUCGCUCUGCUGCAUUGACGGGCGGGAAUGUUUAGUCGCUGGCUUGUGGCGACACAACAAACCCUGGCUCGCUCUAUACCCGGCCGAAGGGUCUCAACAGGAGCCGCUCAUGAUUGCUUUGGAUACUGAUGGAGUGGACGACACGGAGCAAGGAGAUGCGAUGGACAUAUCUUCAACUGUCGAACUGAUCAAUUCAAUCGUCGUGGUGUCCGAAACCGAUAAGAAGACAAACUUGGUCAUGGGAUCUCGAAGCGGCCAUUUGAUAACGGUAGAGCUGAAAGGCUCCAAUCCUGCCGAUCGAGCAAUCUACAGAGAGAGGCUUGGAACUGUUUCAGUUGAGGUUCUGCCUAUCAACGCAAAGUCUGUUCCAGGGGCUGUCUUGGUCUGUUCCAACGAUGCCUUGUUACUCUUGCGGGACUUUGAAGCUAAGCGACCUGGGUAUUUUUCAACGCGACAUCGCGCUUGGGUAACAGACCUCAAGAAUCCGGCCAUGCCAUCUUUACCCGUUAUCUCAGCUGCCAGUAUACCGAGAGCUCAUAUCAUGGAGAAUCGCAUACCAUUGGUACUUCUUUCUGGUGAGCGCAUCUCGUUCACAGAACUGUACCUACAAGACGGACCAGUGCCCAGGCGUCUGCCACUACGGACAGGCACACCCGGAAAGGUGCUCUACUCCAAGACGCUUCAGUGCCUCGUUGUUGCGAUACAAGUGGGAGACCAACCGAACAUCAUGUUUAUGGAUCUCGAAACGGGAGAAGACUUGUCGUAUCCACUCGACAAGCACGGUAACCCAACGAUAUUUGUCAACGGACUAGGCGGUCACGGUGAUAGGAUUCUUGGGAUGUAUGAGUGGCUGUUCACUCAAGCAGGCAUGACGUUUCAUUAUCUAAUUGUCACCACAAGAGGAGGGCGCCUUAUACUUCUAUCCCCCACUGCUGACGAAGAUCGAGAUUUGGAGGGGAAGAAGCGAAAGAGGAUACGUUUCUCUACUCGGUACAAGUCGAAAGAGCAAGCCCCCAUAUCUUCCGUUGUAGGGGACGACGAAGGACUUGUGUACUGUGCUGGGAGCACUCUAUAUUCAGAAGUUCUCGACACGGGUGAGAAGAAGCUUGUACGACAGAAGAGCUACGAGCUAAACUCUCCCGCCAUUUCAUUACGACUAGUGAAUGGCAAGAUCUGUGCUCUGACUUUGGGCGACUCGGUAGUGGUCAUAGAUCACAAGACGGAUCACCAUGGUGGGCAGAUGGACCUCAUUCACAUGGACAAGACGACAAGAAAGUCAAAUGAUUUCUUUGAUAUUGGGGAGUGCGCAGACGGACCAGCAGCCUGGCCCAUAACUCUACUUUGCGGUAUGAACCGCGAUUUCGCAGCAGUCUGGACUCCUUGGCAACAGCGAGGCAAAGAGUUGGAGGUUGUCGCGGAGGGUUCAUUGCCGGUGAGCAUCAGAAAGCUCGGGCGUGGGCACGUUCGUCCCGAGUGGCUGGCGACGCAACUGGCGACGCAGUCAGAGACGGAUCAUGGACCACGAUACGGACAUAUACACAGCACAGUGGAUGGAGCUGAGGUACUCGGAAUGUGCCUAGAUGGGGCGUUGAUGCAUUUCAGCCUGUUGGACAUGCACGCGUGGCGAUUUCUGCGUUUCGUACAGAACCUUGCAGUAAGGAGUCAUCUUUUAUUUCCUUACAGUUAUGAGGUUUCGGUGCUGGAUGACGAGGAUUACGAUGCGGAGGUGAGGGAGUCACCUGCGACAAUGAAGCACAUAGACGGAGAUCUGCUCCAAAGGUGUGUCGACAACCGAGCGCUGGAGAAGCUCAUAUCCGAAGACAGCAACAUCGACCUCUUGAGGGAGUAUCUGGACUACUUGGACGAUGGAAAGUGGACAGCGUCCUUUCAAGAUGACGAUGAUGUAUCGAAGUAUUUCGGUUUGGCAUAUGCCGUGCUGGAAUACCACUUGAGUCCGUUCGCCCAAUUGAUACCCGCCAAAAUGCCGCCCAAGAAGAAGGGUAACAAGGCCCGGGCCAACGACGACUGGGAGAACGAGCUCGGUGAGAGCAUCGCCCCCUCCGAUGGCGCUCCAGAGGCUGCUGCCGAAGCGCCAGCCGAAGAUGAAGAUGCGGGCGGCGCGGGAGGUCUGAUGGCCACCAUGCGCAAGAACAGAGAGAAGAGGAAGAAGAAGGGUAUUGAGGAGCCCGUCGAGCCUAUUCCUGAACCCGAAGCUUCCCCCGAUCUCGCCGAGAAGGCUCCCGAAGAAGCCAAUAUGGACGACGAGUUCGCUCUGCCCGAGAAGAAGGGCAAGGGUGGCAAGGGCGGCAAGGGCAAGCAGGCCGCCACUGCACCCGCUCCCCCGGCCGGCGAAGACGAUGAUAUUUCUGGUCGUGUAUUGACCAAAGCUGAGAAGGAAAAGCUGAAGAAGGAGAGAGAGAAGCAGCGUAAGAAGGAGCAGGCUGCGAAGAAGAAGGGCGGCGCUCCAGCGAAGGCUGCUGAACCUGCCAAGGAGGCGGCUCCGGAGAAGAAGGACACCCUGGCCCCCGCCGCUGCUCCGGCCCCUGUCGAGGAGAAGGGUGGUAAGAAGAAGAAGAUUCCUGCUCAUCUGGCCAUGAUCCAGAAGCAGCAAGAGGAGCUGCGCCGCAAACAAGAAGAAGAGACCCGUUUGGCCGAGGAAGAGAAGGCACGGAUCGCCGAAGAGGAAGCCCGCCUCGAGGAAGAGUCCAAACGCAGGGAAGAGGCCAAGGCCCUCAAGAAGCAGAAGGAGAAGGAGAAGAUCGAGCAGCUCAAGAAGGAGGGCAAGUUCUUGACCAAAGCCCAGAAGGAGGAGAAGGCCCGCAAUGAGCGCAAGCUCCAACAAAUGCUUGCUGCCGGUAUCAAGGUCGGUCCCAGCGACGAGGGCGAGAAGAAGAAGAAGCCCGUCUACGAGAACAAGAAGAAGGGAGGUCGCAAGCAACAAAACCAGAUCGACGAGGAGAAGGCUCUCGCCGAGGCCGCCGAACGCGCGAGGCAGCAGGCAGAGCAGCUGGCCAAGGAGGCGGAGGAGAAGGCGGCGAAAGAAAAGGCCGAGGCCGAGGCCGCCGAGGCCAAGAAGAAGGCUGCCGAAGAAAGCGAGUUGGAGGAUGAUUGGGAGGCCGCUGCUGCCGCCGAAGACGAUGAUGUGAAGGACAGCUGGGAUGCUGACACCGAAGAUGAGCAAGAGAAGAAGGAGGCGGCCAAGGCCAACGGAAAGGCCGGUGAGAAGUCUGCUCAGAAUGAAGACGAGGACGAUGAUGAGGACGAGGAGUCCGAAUCUGAGUCCGACUCUGAGGAUGAGAGAGAGUCCGCCGCCCGUCAAGCCGAACUUCAGCGCAAGAAGGAGGCUGCUGAGCGUCGUGAAAAGGCCCACCAGGCUGCUCUGGCUGCCAGAUCCAAGGACAACCUGCGCUCCCCCAUUUGCUGUAUUCUGGGUCACGUCGAUACUGGAAAGACGAAGCUUCUCGACAAGAUCCGUCAGACCAACGUCCAGGAGGGCGAAGCAGGUGGUAUCACUCAGCAGAUUGGUGCGACUUACUUCCCCGUCGAGGCCAUCAAGCAGAAGACUGCCGUUGUCAAUCCCAACGGCGAGUUCGAGUUCAAGGUCCCUGGUCUCCUUGUCAUCGACACCCCCGGUCACGAGUCUUUUUCCAACUUGCGAUCGCGCGGUUCGUCUCUCUGUAACAUUGCCAUUCUCGUCGUCGACAUCAUGCACGGUCUCGAGCCCCAGACGCUGGAGUCCAUGAGAAUGUUGCGUGACAGGAAGACUCCCUUCGUCGUUGCGCUCAACAAGAUCGAUCGUCUCUACGGCUGGAAGAAGAUCGAUAACAAUGGCUUCCAGGAGAGUUUGGCUCUCCAGCCCAAGAGCGUUCAGAAUGAGUUCAAGAACCGUCUCGAGCAGACCAAGCUCGCCUUUGCCGAGCAGGGUUUCAACGCCGAGCUGUUCUACGAAAACAAGUCCAUGGCCAAGAACGUCUCCCUCAUCCCCACUUCUGCCCACACUGGUGAGGGUAUCCCCGACAUGCUCAAGCUGAUUGUGCACCUGACUCAGGAGCGUAUGGUUGGAUCUCUCAUGUACCUCUCCGAGGUUCAGGCCACUGUUCUCGAGGUCAAGGCCAUCGAGGGUUUCGGCAUGACCAUCGAUGUCAUUCUGUCCAACGGUAUCCUUCGCGAAGGUGACCGGAUAGUCUUGUGUGGUGUAGAAGGAGCCAUCGUCACAAAUAUUCGUGCGCUGCUGACGCCGGCGCCACUGCGUGAGCUCCGUCUCAAGUCUGCUUACGUGCACAACAAGGAGGUCAAGGCUGCUUUGGGUGUCAAGAUCAGCGCUCCUGGUCUUGAAGGCGCCAUUGCUGGUUCUCGUAUGAUGGUUGUUGGCCCUGACGAUGAUGAGGACGACCUCAUCGACGAGGUGGAGUCUGAUCUUGCCACCCUGUUCAGCAGAGUCGAGAAGACGGGCCGCGGUGUCAGUGUCCAGGCGUCUACACUUGGUUCUCUCGAGGCCUUGCUCGACUUCCUCAAGGAUUGCAAGAUCCCCGUCGCCAACGUUGGAAUCGGUCCGGUUUUCAAGCGUGAUGUCAUGCAAGCUGGUAUCAUGUUGGAGAAGGCCGCAGACUACGCCGUAAUGCUGUGCUUCGAUGUCAAGGUCGACAAGGAGGCGCAGUCUUACGCCGACGAGGUCGGAGUCAAGAUCUUCACUGCAGACAUCAUUUACCAUCUCUUUGACGCCUUCACGAAGCACAUGGCGGAUCUUUUGGAGAAGAAGAAGGAGGAGUCCAAGAUGUUGGCCGUCUUCCCUUGCGUCCUCAACACCGUUGCCGUCUUCAACAAGACGAACCCUAUCGUCGUCGGUGUUGACGUCGCGGAGGGUCAGUUGAAGGUCAACACCCCUAUCGCAGCCGUCAAGACGAAUGCGGUGACGGGUGUCAAGGAAGUCGUCAGUUUGGGCAGAGUUACUUCCAUCGAACGUGACCACAAGCAGAUUCCCGUCUGCAAGAAGGGCCAGCCUUCCGUGGCCGUCAAGAUCGAGAUGGGUGGCUCUCAGCCCACGUACGGCCGCCAACUUGAAGAGGCUGACACUCUGUACUCUCUCAUCUCCCGCGCCUCCAUCGACACGCUCAAGGAGUUUUACCGCAAGGAGGUUACCAACGACGAGUGGCAACUCAUCAUCAAGCUCAAGCCUCUCUUCGACAUCCACUAA